AUGGAGUCCGAACGCUUCAAAAUCAUCAACCCAAUCUUCGUUGAUAGCGUGGCGUUGGUCUCUGGCGCCGGUUCUGGUAUCGGAAGGCAGAUUGCACGGGAAUUUGGACGCAACGGGGUCAACAAGCUCUCCUUCGUGGAUAUUUCCAAGCUAGGCCUUCAAGAGACGAAAGAACUCCUCUCAGAAGGUGAAGGGUCCGUGUGA